GCAUUACCCUCAUCCCCAAAAUUUCCUCAAUCAGUUGGCACUCUUUUUCCCUCUGAAAAUCAAAAUACAUGGCUCCAAAGGCAGCAGAGAAGAAGCCUGCAGAGAAGAAACCCGCUGCCGAGAAGGCUCCCGCGGAGAAAAAACCGAAAGCCGGAAAGAAAUUGCCAAAAGAAGGUGGCGCAGCGGCGGGAGACAAGAAGAAGAAGCGGGUAAAGAAGAGUGUUGAGACCUACAAGAUCUACAUCUUCAAGGUGUUGAAACAGGUCCACCCCGACAUUGGAAUUUCCAGCAAGGCCAUGGGUAUCAUGAACAGCUUCAUCAAUGAUAUCUUCGAGAAAUUGGCUCAGGAGGCAUCCAAGCUCGCCAGGUACAAUAAGAAGCCCACCAUCACUUCUCGGGAGAUUCAGACGGCUGUGAGAUUGGUUCUGCCCGGAGAAUUGGCUAAGCAUGCAGUUUCUGAAGGUACAAAGGCUGUCACCAAGUUCACCAGCUCCUAGAGUAGAUUUUCUUUGUAUUAAUAAUGUUAUAGUCAGCAUAAUUUAUUCUGUAUUUGUGGUGUUUGGAAGGAAUGAAUGUUGAUUGGGUUUUUGUCUUUGAAUUGGAUACAUAGAUUGUAGCAGUUCUACAAUGAA